GGUUAUCAGGUCAAUAAAUCUGCACCCAUAUAUAUAAGAUAGGCCAAAGAGUUUUUGCCGCUAACCCGUCUGACACACUUUCCGCAGAGGAGAAACUUGCUGCACUGAAUCUCUCAGACAUACCUGCCAUUAUGAACAAGCUACUGGCGAUCACAGUGCUCGUUGCUUUCCUUGCUCUGGGAGCAGAGAGCUUCCGUAUGCCCAGGCAGGCAGAGGAGGAGAAGGGAACCAUUGCCACUGUGGUGGACACCCUGAAGUCCUACUAUGACAAGAGUGUUGACGCUGCCAGCGGCUAUGUAGAGACCCUGAAGGGCUACAAACUGGAAGAGAAAGCCAAAAGCCUGUAUGACGAGACAGUUCGUGCCGUCAGCACCUACGCCGGCAUCUUCAACGACCAGGUGUACCACAUUUUGUACCCUCAAGACAGCUCUUAAGUUACAUAGUAUCACACCUCAACACAGCUCCGUCUGUUUCUGGUCCUGAGUCUGUCACUACGCUGGAAUCACAAUUGCAUGCAUCCCACAAGAAGACGGCACAGUCUGGGGUGAAAACAUGACUUUUGAACUCCCAAUGGCCAGUUACCUCUGCCCUGUCAACUAUACUGCAAAAGCACAAAGCACCCUGACACACAUCAGUGGAAAAGUAUGUGAAUUUCUGGGGUAAAAUCAGGUAUAAUGCUCGACCACAAGCUGUUUUUGGAUGAAGAUCAGAGACUCUACGCUACUGACUGUUACCUGGUGCCCUCUAACAUUCAUAAACAUUGUAGUUUAUCUGUAUAGAUUAAAUAAAUCCUUGUAUGAUAUCAA